AUGCCCCGCCGCCGCCCCCCGGCUUCCGGUGCUGCGCAGUUUCCGGAGCGGAUCGCAACCCGGAGUCCGGAUCCGAUCCCGCUCUGCACAUUCCAAAGGCAGGUGUCGGCGAUGGCCGAAGACGGGAGCGAGGAGAUCAUGUUUAUCUGGUGUGAAGACUGCAGCCAGUACCACGACUCUGAGUGUCCCGAGCUGGGCCCCGUGGUCAUGGUCAAAGACUCCUUUGUGUUAAGCCGGGCAAGGUCGUCUCUCCCUUCCAACUUGGAGAUCAGACGACUGGAAGACGGAGCCGAAGGAGUGUUUGCUGUCACUCAGCUCGUCAAGCGGACGCAGUUUGGUCCAUUUGAGUCUCGGCGGGUCGCCAAAUGGGAGAAGGAAUCUGCCUUUCCCCUGAAGGUGUUCCAGAAGGACGGGCACCCCGUGUGCUUCGACACUUCCAACGAGGAUGACUGCAACUGGAUGAUGCUGGUGCGGCCGGCGGUGGAGGCCGAGCACCAGAACCUCACGGCCUACCAGCACGGCAGCGACGUGUACUUCACCACCUCACGGGACAUCCCCGCCGGCACUGAGCUGCGCGUGUGGUACGCGGCCUUUUACGCCAAGAAGAUGGACAAGCCCAUGCUGAAGCAGGCCUGCUCCAGUGUCCACGCUGCAGGCACCCCAGAAAACAGCGCCCCGGUGGAAUCGGAGCCCAGCCAGUGGGUGUGUAAAGUGUGUUCCUCCUCCUUCCUCGAGCUGCAGCUCCUGAAUGAGCAUCUGGUGGGUCACUUGGAACAAGCCAAAAGCCUUCCCCCCACCAGCCAGCACGAAGCAGCCCCCGAGAAGGAGCCCGACGUGCCCCGUGGGGAGCCUCCGGCUGUCCCCAAGAGCGUCAGUGCCACCAAAGAGCACAAGAAAAAGCCUCGAAGGGGGAGGAAACCCAAAGUGUCGAAACCAGAGCAGCCUCUGGUCAUCGUUGAAGGCAAGGAGCCAGCAGACCAAGUGGCAGAGAUCGUUACCGAGGUCCCACCGGAUGAGCCCGUGACUGCGACGCCGGACGAGCGCAUCAUGGAGCUGGUGUUGGGGAAGCUGGCCACCACCGCCAGCGAGGCCAGUUCAGUGCCUAAGUUCCCCCAUCAUCAGAGUAGCUCCAUCACCCUCAAGAGGAGUCUCAUCCUCUCCAGCCGCCACGGCAUCCGGCGGAAGCUCGUCCGGCAGCUCGGGGAGCACCGGCGGGUGUACCAGUGCAGCAUCUGCAGCAAGAUCUUCCAGAACAGCAGCAACCUGAGCAGGCACGUGCGCUCCCACGGAGACAAGCUGUUUAAAUGUGAGGAAUGUGCCAAGUUGUUCAGCCGCAAGGAGAGUCUGAAGCAACACGUCUCCUACAAGCACAGCAGGAACGAGGUGGACGGCGAGUACCGGUACCGCUGCGGCACCUGCGAGAAGACCUUCCGCAUCGAGAGCGCGCUGGAGUUUCACAACUGCAGGACAGAUGACAAGACGUUCCAAUGUGAGAUGUGUUUCAGAUUCUUCUCCACCAACAGUAACCUCUCCAAGCACAAGAAGAAGCACGGGGACAAGAAGUUUGCUUGUGAAGUUUGCAACAAAAUGUUCUACCGCAAGGACGUCAUGCUGGACCACCAGAGGAGGCACCUGGAAGGAGUGAGGCGAGUGAAGAGGGAAGACCUGGAGCCGAGCGGGGAGAACCCAGUCCGCUACAAGAAGGAGCCGUCAGGGUGCCCCGUGUGCGGCAAGGUGUUCUCCUGCAGGAGCAACAUGAACAAGCACCUGCUGACCCACGGCGACAAGAAGUACACCUGUGAGAUCUGCGGGCGCAAGUUCUUCCGUGUGGACGUCCUCAGGGACCACAUCCACGUCCACUUCAAGGACAUCGCGCUGAUGGAUGACCACCAGAGGGAGGAGUUCAUUGGCAAGAUCGGGAUCUCCUCGGAGGAAAACGAUGACAAUUCUGACGAGAGUGCAGACUCGGAGCCUCACAAGUACAGCUGCAAGAGGUGUCAGCUCACCUUCGGCCGGGGGAAGGAGUACCUGAAGCACAUCAUGGAGGUGCACAAGGAGAAGGGCCACGGCUGCAGCAUCUGCCACCGGCGCUUCGCCCUGAAGGCCACCUACCACGCGCACAUGGUCAUCCACCGCGAGAACCUGCCGGACCCCAACGUGCAGAAGUACAUUCACCCCUGCGAGAUGUGCGGGCGGAUCUUCAACAGCAUAGGCAACUUGGAGCGACAUAAGCUCAUCCACACAGGAGUGAAGAGCCACGCGUGCGAGCAGUGUGGGAAGUCCUUUGCCAGGAAGGACAUGCUGAAGGAGCACAUGCGUGUGCACGACAACAUCCGCGAGUACCUGUGUGCUGAGUGCGGGAAAGGCAUGAAGACCAAGCACGCGCUGCGCCACCACAUGAAGCUGCACAAGGGCAUCAAGGAGUACGAGUGCAAGGAGUGCCACCGCAAGUUCGCGCAGAAGGUCAACAUGCUCAAGCACUACAAGCGCCACACGGGGAUCAAAGAUUUCAUGUGCGAAUUGUGUGGAAAGACUUUUAGUGAGAGAAACACCAUGGAGACCCACAAGCUCAUCCACACAGUGGGCAAGCAGUGGACGUGCUCCGUGUGCGACAAGAAGUACGUCACCGAGUACAUGCUGCAGAAGCACGUGCAGCUCACCCACGACAAGGUGGAGGCACAGAGCUGCCAGCUGUGCGGGACCAAGGUGUCCACCAGGGCCUCGAUGAGCAGACACAUGCGGCGCAAGCACCCAGAGGUCCUGGCCGUGAGGAUAGACGACCUGGACCACCUCCCAGAGACCACCACCAUCGAUGCCUCCUCCAUUGGCAUCGUCCAGCCUGAGCUGGGUCUGGAGCAGGAAGAUCUGGCCGAGGGGAAGCACGUGAAAGCCGCCCGCAGGACUCACAAGCGGAAGCAGAAGCCGGAGGAGGAGGCGCGCGCGCCGGGGCCCGAGGACGCCGCCUUCAGCGAGUACCCGGAGAAAGAGCCCCCGUUCUCCGGCGGCGUGGGCGACGAGACCGACUCCGCCGUGCAGAGCAUCCAGCAGGUGGUGGUGACGCUGGGUGACCCAAACGUGAGUACUCCAUCCAGCUCGGUCGGCCUGACCAACAUCACCGUGACCCCCAUCACCACUGCAGCCGGGACUCAGUUUACCAACCUCCAGCCGGUGGCCGUCGGGCACCUGACCGCCCCAGAACGCCAGCUCCAGCUGGACAACUCGAUCCUGACCGUGACCUUUGACACCGUCAGUGGCUCCGCCAUGCUGCACAACCGCCAGAACGACAUCCAGAUCCACUCCCAGCCGGAGGCCUCGAACCCGCAGUCCGUGGCCCACUUCAUCAAUCUGACCACUCUGGUCAACUCCAUCACGCCCCUGGGGAGCCAGCUCAGCGACCAGCACCCGCUCACGUGGCGGGCGGUGCCCCAGACGGACGUCCUGCCGCCCCCACCGCCUCAGGCCCCACCGCCGCCUGCCGCCCAGCCCCAAGUGCAGGCCGAGCAGCCGCCACAGAUGUACGGCUACUGAGUCGCACUGCCCAGAGCUCAAAGCAGAACCACAGAAAGGUUUCCAUUGUUGUUUUUGAGAUUUGUUGGCUGGAUACCAAACAAAGAAAAAAAAUCACAUUGCAAUGGAAGUAAGGUUGACUUAGCUGCUGCAGGAUGAUCUCCAGAUGCCCCAACAGCCACUACCGUCUGUCAGCUUAACUCAAGAAGUGCCCCUGACAGGCCCGUGUGAACGCACGUGGUUCCCCGCUCUGCCUUAGCGGGCGUUGCGCCCCGGGCCCUGGGCACGCCCCAGCCUCUCCCUCACGCCUAUGUCUGACGGACACAGGGUUUGGGAAGGGGAAACAGACAGAGAAGCAAAAUCCCAAGGGGCAAGUGCUAUGUUAUUAGGAACAUGAAUGGUCCGUUUUGUUUUUUCCUUUAGAACUCAGUUGUGUUGAAACAUAGACGGUGCUUAGAUGUGGCAGCAUGCUACUGUGGAACACAGUUUCCUCACUUCUGGAUUUUUUUUUUUUUUUUUUUUUGCAGAUGAGCAGAUAGAAGUUAAACUAACAGUUAUUCUGUUCUUUGAAAUUUGAGUCGAGUUGAAUUUGUUACCCAGCUUUGGGCUGAAACCAUGUGUGAGAAGAUGCUCUGUGAUGGCAUCUGCCCUGAUCCCCCUCUGGCUUCAGGUUCAUCAUGGACAAGGGGUCCUGUGAAGUCGCUGACCAAGGCCUCUUAGUAACAGAACCCGUGAAUCGAUUUUCAGUAUCGUUUUUCUUUUUUCGCUUUAUUUCAAGCAUAUAUUCUGUGUUCAAGACUCUGUUGUGGCCGUGUUGUUUUCUGUUUUCUUUCAACAUGCUGAAGUCGUUUGCACUGUAGGACUGUUGGUCUGUGUCCAGUUGUGCACAGCUGCCCAGAUGCAGAGCGUGCCGCAAGUCAGCCUCAUGCUGUCCCUUCUGGUGGCUCCUUGGGGGUCGUCUCAGGAUUCUCUGCCAUCCAAAUAUAUUUAUUAUGGCUGAGGCUUAGCCCAAAUCCCCUGGACUGAAGGACAGGGAAGAAAUUCAUGUCUUCUUUCUGUUUAAACUUUAAUCCCAAAGGUUGAUGUUGUUUCAAGACCAAUUUUCUAUAAAAAUGUGGAACGAGCAUGACUCUUUAUAGUGGAAAAGAAUAGGUUUUUCUGCAAUACAAAGAUACUGCUAUUUCUUGCCAGGCAGUAAUGACAGCAGAAGAGCUUAAUCCACUGGGAGAAGCAUUACGCCCCUAAUAAAUGACUGUGCUGACAAACAGCCAGCUCUGCUUCCCCGGGGACACACACUCUCCUACGUGGGUACCCAUUUCAGGUGCAGCUGGUGGUGGGCAAGGCUGCCCCUGGCCAUCGAGGCCACAGCCAGCAGCCGCCCUGCUGCUGCCCAGCCAGGGAAACAGAAAGAGGCGUGGGGAACGAAGUUUGAUUUUUACUCCCCUGAUAUUUUUUAACAGUAUCCAAGUUGAGAUGAUAAAUUUGCCUCACUUUGUCCUUGAUCGCUGUUCGUCCCCGGCUCUGUGUUACUUGGGGAACCAUCCUGAAGAGAUACUGGCGAGGAGUCAGGAGUGGAUAAACGAGGCCACGGUCAUCUUAGGUUGCCCGUGAGGCAGAGGACGAUUCGUUAUACAAAAUGCACCUUUCUCAGCACUUCAUCUUAUUCCAAACAGCAAGAUUUUGAGGCUAGGGCUAGAAUUUGUUGUGUGCAAUACAUGCCUCCCUGAACUACAGAAAUUCGUCACCCAGGCAGCAGAUGUGAAAGGGGGCUCCGGGUCCACGUUGUCCACACUCACACAGCUCGUUCAGACACUCCCAGCUCUCACCUCGCAGUUGAAUUCAUAGUACGAGAUUGUUGGAAUUUUUAAUUUAUGAUAAUUAUUUUUAUGUUAUUUAUGUAUAUAAUUAACUGCUUUAUACAUAAUAGUUUCAUCAAAUGAACUGGUCUAGGGGUGACUUAUUUUCUAAAAUAUUGUCUCCAUUCUCCCAGUAGAAGUGGUCCAGCUAUCCAUGGAAUCAUCAAGAGUGCCAAGGUUCCUAAGAUAUUUUUUUAAAAAUCACCGACAGUUUCUUUUUUGCAUUUGCAGAAUACAAAGGGUGAAAGACCGGCUAAUCCAAAGGUGGUUAAACAUCUACAGCGUUUAUCAUUUAUUCCUCUUCCUUACGGAAGAAAGGCCUUUUAAAUCACAAUGGUAUUUUUUUAAAGAAGUUGUUUUUGUGCCUAGAGUAAAGAACGCAGCAAGUGGUUUUAAAGAACCUAAUUUACGUUGUGUGGCUCCGGAGUACGGGUCAUUUACAUACGCAGACAGACAAUAAUACUUCUUGUUAUAAUACGUGAGAACUCUAAAUAAAAAUCAGAUUUACUCCUGAGUUUUCUAUAGACUUAUUUGGUCUCAAUAGGGCCACUUUCUGAGGCAUUAGAGGUUCGUGUUUUCAUAAAACAGUAAGAAACUGGGGAGCAAAAAAAAUUACUACUCGACCAAAAGGGUCCUCGACUCCAGAUUGUUCUGUGCAUAUCUCACUGCUUACCAAUGGGAAGUGUUUAAUUUUUUUAGCUGAUCCCAGGUGCACAGCUGUAUCCAGAGGAGAAGGUUAGAUCGAACCAUUGUGGCCGCCAAGCUCUGUGAAGCCGUCUUGGUUAUUCUCCAUUAAUAAAUCAUGGGAAUUUAUUUUUGGUCUGUGAAUUUGUGAAGUUAUGUAGUUCUGUGGCACAGGAUGGCAUGAAUCUAGCAGAGCCAGACCCCAGGGUACCACUCGCCAUGAAUCACAUGCUCCGUGGUGAGGAGGGGACUGGGUCUCUGGGAUGGCUUACGUGUGGGAUGUGCUCUCCGUACCAGGUGCCACCUCGCUGAGUCCGACAGGGAGCUGCUUUGGAGAAUUCCAGGCGCGGGAAGCCGAUUUAUGGACCUUCUGAGUUCUGUCCAGUCACAGUGUCCAGAGGUGUAAAGCUGGUGGCUUCCCAGCUCAAGGCAGUGUCUGUGACUUUCCCGUUAGAUUUUGAAAGGCAGUAAGACUGUUUUGAGAAGUUGAGUGUGUUUUGUGUCCCUUCGGUUUGUACGACAACAAAUAAAAGGUGCCGUGACCUGUG